AUGAAGAUGCUCGAGCUGAACUACUACCAUGGAGAGAUAUUUGAAAAGUACAAAAUCAACAGCGUGCUGUCUGCACUGGUAGACAAGCACAAGCUGCAAAAUGAAAGCAUCGACUUUAACGAACUGAGCAACAGGAAGAACAACUAUAGCAUAAUGGCUCUCUUGGGAAGCCAAAUUAAAAAUUUUAACGACGAUGUAUACAAAGACAUAGACACAAAUGAUAUCAUCUUAGCUCUCUCCAAGUUGAAACAAAUUGACGAACAAAUCACCAUAAACGAAAGCCACAACAAAGAUUACAUUUUGGAGAUGGCAGAACAACUGUAUUAUGAGUACUCCAACAAGGGACUCAUCAGUAAUGAAAAUUCUUUCCAUUUAAACAACAAGGAAAACUUCAUCAGUAUCAACUUGCAACUAAUGAAUGAAAUUAACGCAGGGAUUAGGAGUUACCAAAACAAGAUUCCCUAUUUACGUUCCUAUUGCGAUGAAAAAUAUCCGAGGGCGGAAGCUUUACUUCCUGUAGAGACAGCUCCACACCAUAAUGGGGACGCUGAUAAUUACAACAUCUCGGGGUUGAUUGAAAGGGAAGAUUAUUACAACGUGAAGCAAAAUGAGCAUGAGGAUAAUAGAGGGAGAAAUGUUUUGGGUAAAAAUACCUACUCGAGUAGAAAGAACAGCCAAGUGUUUGGGAACAGGACUGAUGAGCACGACCUGGUGGAUGCAUUGGGGCCAAACGAGGAUGACAACCAUGUGGGCGUCGUCCGUGGAGGGAAUGCCGCAGGGUAUGGAGCUGAAAAGGGCCUGUGUGUUGUCGGUCCUAAUGGGAAGAGCAACCUGUAUCAGUACCGAAAGGAGGCGACGAAUAGCACCUACUGCAACAGCGUAGAAAAUGUGAAUGGCCCCAGCGGGGCAAGCAGACGGGGAAGCCUAAACUUCCUUGGCGAAGAGGAAGGACACGGUACCCAUAUCGGGGUUGACCAUGUUAGCGGCAUUAAUGAUGACCGUGGUGAGCGCUUGGGCGAACGCAGCGCGAGGAGCAUCAGCAACCAUCGAAGGAGAAGCAGCCUUAGCAACGCGACACGUUAUCACCAGGGGGAGCAACUUCUGCUCAGAGACCCAGUGAAAGGAGCCUAUUUGAAGAGGGAGACGGGGGUGGCGAGAACAUCUGGGCAUACGGUACAAACCAGAAAAACAGCACAAUACGAACGAGAGGAAGAAGACAAUAGCUUGACCGAAAAUAACCACAGGAAUAGUGCCCUCAGCAGUGCGCAGGAUUUAGGUAUAGGAAUGGACAAUGAGCCAACAACAACAUACAGGAGGAGAAGUUUUUACGAUGCGGAACAUUCUAAUAGAAUCAGCGCGAACAUGUGGGGCCACCGACAUACGAGGGCCCAUGCAAGUGGAAGCGGUAGAGGGAGAUUUGAAAAAAAUGCCGAUCUUCUACACAAAGAUGACUUAAACUACUACGGAACCGAGUCGAAGAGAGCCAUGAGUAAUGUUAAUACCAUUAUGGGUGCAUAUCACCCUGGGGGGAAAUUAACUGCCCAUGGUAAUAUUUUCACCAAAAAGGGCCUUAACAGUAAUGACCGCAAUGGGAGCAACGCCCCGAACAGCGUCCUCGAAAAUAUUGAUAAGGCUGAACAAGAAAUCAAUACGCAAUGUGCUGUUCAUUCCUUUGCACUGCCCAAAUGGAAAAAGAACACACAUAUAAUUAUCCCCCAUGUAAGUGUAAAAAUCGUGGCUGAAAACAGAAUUGUCACCCAUAGUGUGGAAUUGCCAUAA